CGGCGACCGCGCCCCCGGAGGCUCGGAGCCAUGCGGGCCGCGUAGGCGCGCGCGCGGGGGGGUGGGGGCCGCGCGCCCUCCCGCGGCCGCUCGGCGCCGCGGGCAGCCGCGCGCCAUGGCGGAGCCAGAUGGCGGCGGCGACGCCGCGAGGCAGCAGAGCCAGGUGGCCCAGGAGCUGGAGAUCAUGGUCUCCGACGUGGAGGUCCGGGUGCGCACCGCGCUCCUCCAGGUUGUCAGACCGGUGCUGGUCGAGACGGCUAAUCUGAACGGAAGGCUGGUGGAGUUGGAGGAGCAGCUCAAGGGCAUGGAUAAGUUGGAGGAACAGCAGCGCGAGGUGCUCCUCGAGAUCGGCAAGUGCUCCGACUUCACUGCAGUGCUCUCCGACGAGCAGCGCCGCCAGGAGCUCCGGGCCAGGGCGCUCGAGGAGCGCACCGAGGAGAGCCUGGGGGGCAUACGCAAGCAGGCCCUGGAGCUGGACCGCAAGCUGGAGCUGGUGAAGGCGGACCUCCAGCGGCGCGCGCGGGAGAUCGCGACCGUGGACAAGGAUAACCAAUCCUUGCACGACGAGGUGCUGGCAAAGAAGAAGGAGGUGCUCGACGUCGUAGACGCGUUCAAGAAGCGGAUGGCCGAGGAGAGGAUGGACACCAUGGACAAGUUCAGGGAGGUGGACCUGAAGCGGGAGUCCCUGGAGCAGAGCCUCUACUCGGAGGGCGGCGGCAUCGGCAAGAUACGGCGCGACAUCUUCGAGCUCCACGCGGCGGUGCAGCCCAUCCCCCAGGCCCUCCAGGAGCUCGCGGACUGCCGCGACAGGGUCGACGCGCUGGAGCAGGGGCAGGCCCGCGUCGUCCAGAUCGCCGAGGACUGCAGCGAGUCGCUGAGGACCCUGCGGGCGGACAAGGAGCGGUACGAGAAGAGGCUCCGGGAGCAGCAGCGAGAGGCCGCCUGCGCUCCGGGCGCGCGCCUGCCGCGCGUCUCCGGCCGGAGGGGGCAGGCGAAGAGGCUGGACGCGCUGCACGAGGAGAUCUCCAAAGACAUCGAGGAGAGCCACAAGAGGCGGAAGAAAGACCGCCUGGUGUUGGACGAUGCGAUCCGGGAAGCCCGGCAGGAGGUGGAGGCCGGGAAGAUCGACUCCUUCAGGGCCAUGGAAGGCUUGCAGCACGUGAACAGGAUCCUGGGCCUGUCGCUGCAGAGCGGAAUCGUGACCUCCGCGCUGCUCGUCCAGGACUUCGCAGACCGCCGCUCCGAGCAGUGGGUGGCCCUCCAGGAGCACGAGGCCAGGCGGCAUCCGCACGGGCCGUGUAGCCCAGAGGAACUGCUGAGACAAGGCCGCGGCGCCAGGCCGCCCGGGGCCGCGCCGCAGGCGCUGAACCUGCACCGCUGCGAGCUGGUGCCCGCCGAGUACCAGCCGGGCCAAGUGGCGGUCGGCGGGGCGGUGUUCGACCGCAAGGACCUCCUCCUGAUGCAGCACAAGCUUCUGGAGACGGCGCAGGCGGCGCUGCAGCACGGGCCCCUGUCGGAGACAGGCAGCGCCCACGCGGCGCCGCCCGUGCAGGCGGGGCGGCAGCGCAAAGUGCUCGGGCCGGAGCCCGCCCCCGGCGCCGGCGCGGCGGCGAAGUACGCGGCCGCGGAGGCGAGGGAGGACGGGCCCGGCGGGCGCCAGCCCGGCGGCAGCGAGCGGCAGCCGGAGGCGCGGGGCAACCGCCGCAGCACCUCGCUGGACCCGAAGGGCCACGCUGGCAGGCCGCCCGAGGACGGCAGGGCGAAGCGGCAGUCGCCCGCUGCCACAGCGAGGCUGCCGCUGGCACUGCCGGCGGUCCGCCGCGC